AUGAAACCUUCGGCGGUUCAGCAGCUGCUACGACCCUGGCAGAAAUACCGAGACCAGAAGAUCUUUUACGGUCUCACGAAAUCCGGAAACAAGCGCUGGUCGCUCACCACCAAACAGGGGAACAAAGAUUUCUACAAGGGCACAAACUCGACUGGCGUGGGUAGCUGGACCAACAAGGGACAGUACCGUAUCAACUGGGAGAAGGUCCGCACCUAUGUUGUUCCUGCUGGAGUUGACAGCAGUGAUCUGAAGCCGUUUGUUUGUCCCACGGCUCCCAGCAUCAAGAACGCCUACGCUGGGUUUGCAGGUGCUACGGACGGGAAACUGCACCUGCGAAAAGUGAUGGAGUUCAUCAAGUACGGCACCGAGGAGAGCCCCGAGAUGGCCCGCAAAGAUGGCUGGAAGGAGCGUGGCUAA